AUAGUGUAUGAGGUGAAUUAAUUAUAGAAAUCAAAAGGGAUUAGGAAUAUGGUAUGAAAUUAAUAUGUGGAUGUGGUUACCGCACCACACGCAAUCCAUUCCACAAAAACUCAUCUAAAACUAUAAUCUUUUCCCUUUCCUCAUUCUCUCUUUCUCUUUCAUUAUCUUCCAUUUCUUCCUUCUCGAAAUAAAAACUCUCGAGAAUUUUCCACAGGAAAGGGGAAUCUGAGAUGUUAUGGUGCCUAAAUAGUGUGUGUUUAGUAAAUGAACUUUUGUUAAAAAAAAAUGAAGUCAAAUUUACUUGAUAACAUGCCUUGGCUUAGAACCCAAACAAACAAAUUGAACAAUGAUAUGGUUGCAUCCAUUGAAUCCAAUACUAGUGAUGCACUAUUAGUAGAAGACACAAAGCAAAAGACUUCUCUUGAUGUAAAAUUUUGGAAGUGGUCUUUUAUCUCCUUUGUUCCAUGGGUGACUCCCCAUGGUAAAAAGACACCAACUACUAUAAAUAGAGGGCUGAGAAAGCGUGCCCUGCCUCGAGGGGGAGUUGACAAUGAGCUUCGGGGUGCCCCGGUGCGCUUUAAGCCAUAUGUGUCGAAGGUACCAUGGCAUACAGGCGUGAGAGCAUUUCUUUCUCAGCUAUUUCCCCGGUAUGGGCAUUAUUGUGGACCCAAUUGGUCAAGUGGGAAGGAUAAUGGAUCGCUUGUUUGGGACAAACGACCUAUUGAUUGGUUGGAUUUUUGCUGCUACUGCCAUGAUAUUGGUUAUGAUACUCAUGAUCAAGCUAAGUUAUUGAAGGCUGACUUAGCAUUUCUUGAGUGUCUUGAGAGAAAGAAUAUGACUACUAAAGGAGAUGUUCAUGUUGCUCAUCUUUACAGGACAAUGUGCAUUACAGGCUUAAGGAAUUUACUAAUUCCAUACCGAACUCACCUACUAAAGCUACAAUCAGCACAACCGCUAAUUCAGUUUGGAUGGCUAAGCAAUGUAGGUUGGAAAAGUUGGAGCGUCCAGAAAUCCUGAUUUAUAGUUCUGGAGGCCCAAAGUUAGUACUUGAUAAAUACCCAUUUCACUUUAGAACUUUAACUAGUAUAUUCUCCUUGUUAUUAGCCUUUUGUUUUCCAAAUAUCUUGUUUCUGUUAGUUCUGUGUAAGAGAAGAAAGUGUCAUAUAUUUGUCUGGCGACUUCUCAAAUUAGUCAUAUAUUGUAUAUAACUUUGUUUAUAUUUAGAUUUCAGAGCUUAUCAAUGGAGCCUUGCUAUGAGUAUUUAUAUCUAAUUGUAGGGUAGUCGUAAUGGUUGGUGUAAAUGUAAUCACAUAAAAAUGUACAGAGACUUUAUAUGUGUUUAAUUUAUUAUGUAAACAUAUAUUGGUA